ACGUUGAAUCAUCGCAUUCUUGAAAACACAUCUCUCUUGCGUCGGCAUUGGCAGAAAAACGACUUGUCGGCGGCUCGUGUGUGUUCGACAUCACACCUGUAUGUGUGUUUGUGAGUGUGGCUCGAUCUCCUCCUUAUUCCGUUACGCAGCCGUAGAUUUUACUCAGAGUUUUUUAAUUAAGCAAGACUAGAACUACUAGAAGCAGCUCAGGCGAGUCUGUUGCUGUGGGUGGACGAGCCAACCGCGUCUGUCGCUCGAUAUUUAAGUAUGUCUUAGGCCGACCAGCUGACAGGGGACACGUACUUUUUCUCGCCGAAUACGCGAGAGACGAGCACAGGAACAGUUUGCCGUGCUCUCGUAUUUACACGCGUUUUUGCGUUUCGUCUUGCAUUCCAUAUAUUUUUUCCACGAGAUUUUGACUGAUAGACGCCGGAACGUGGCGCAGAAGAUCAUCUUGCUAACCUCCAAGAGUUGACGCUUCGCUGGACUCCCUGGAACCCCUGUACUUUAUGCUGUGGAAGUAGAAAAGAGUUAAUCGUUGCAAUGGGUGGAUUAUUGAGUUACUUUCGCAACCUUCUUGGUAGUCGAGAAAUGAGGAUUCUAAUUCUUGGCUUGGAUGGUGCUGGGAAAACCACAAUUUUAUACAGACUUCAAGUUGGAGAGGUAGUAACGACAAUCCCAACUAUAGGAUUCAAUGUUGAACAAGUAACUUAUAAGAAUCUAAAGUUUCAAGUAUGGGAUCUUGGUGGUCAAACGAGUAUACGACCUUACUGGAGGUGUUACUAUUCAAAUACAGAUGCAAUAAUUUAUGUUGUUGAUUCUGCUGAUAGAGACAGAAUAGGCAUAUCCAAAGAUGAAUUAUUGUAUAUGUUACGAGAAGAUGAACUGCAGAAUGCAAUCUUGGUCGUGUUGGCCAACAAGCAGGAUAUGCCUGGCUGUUUAAGUGUUGCUGAAGUCCACCAAGCACUGGGUCUAGAUGCUCUUAAAAAUCGAACAUUUCAAAUCUUCAAAACAUCAGCAAAGAAGGGUGAAGGUCUUGAUCAGGCCAUGGAUUGGCUAUCAAACGCACUACAAGUCAAAAAAUGAUCACGCGCUCGGUGCAAGGACAUAAUAAUUAAAAAUCGCUUUUUGGAGCUGACAGAGCCGAGAGAACUAGUCUGUUUAGCUCUCGUCGCGUGAAUCGAGCCCCGACUAUGAGAGAGACAAGCACUUCUUUCGUGACUCUUUCGUGCUAAAGGAUACAAAACAAAGAAAAAAAAAACAAAAAAUGAAAAUCUAUUCCGAGAAAAAGUCUGACAGAAGCACACGCAAUUAACUAGAUAUGUAUAUCUGAGUAAAUCCAAAUAAUGGUGUUCAGUGUCCCGCACCCCGAUUAUUAAUUCCGCGUGAUUCUUCAUUGUGUUUUUGCAAGACUUUUUCUAUAGAUUAGUACUUUAAUAUGCAAUUUAUAUAUAAAUAGAUAUUAUAUAUUUAAAUGGAUGCUGGAGUUUUUUGUCUGGUCUGUUUUACAAUCUUGCUCAUCUAAUAUUUAACUGAAUGAUUACUGUUUUCCAUGAGACUUUAUCACAAGUCAUAUUGUAAUUAGACAGAUUGAUUUCCAAAUUGAAUUUAUUGUAAAUUUUGAGAGAAUUUUCAUUCAAGUUUUAUAAUUCCUUUAAAAAAGUAAAUUCACUAGAACAAUAACGCUAAUUAUUUAUGUGAACUGCAAGAAUAACAAGAUUGAAGAAAUGGAAAAAUAGAAAUAAAUUUUUCAACGACGCAAAUUGGCGCAGAAUUAUGAGCAGAAA